UUGAUUGAACUGAUAACGAUAAAAAUCUGUGGCCACAAAAUCGGUGAUCCAUCAUCCUCGUAUAUUCGAAAGUGAAUAUUAUUCUUUCCGUUAUCUAUCUAUACUUCCUACUUCGAUUGGCUUGGCUUCAUUGAAAUCCAAUGGAUACUGUGACCUCCACUUCAGCUUCACUCACUCUAACCCUCCCAACGCUUCCGGUUCGUACAAUUACCGCUUCAAUCUCCGUAUCCUCAUCUCUUCCCUUACCACGCUCUCACCGGCAGCAAAGACUCUACUCUCAAAAAAGAAGUUUCUCGAAUUCUUCUUCUUCUUCUGUUGCGGUUCCUAAGUUUACAGUGAGUUGCGGUAUCACGGAAAUCAAUGAAAGCCAGUUCAACGUAACUGUAUUGAAAUCUGAGCGUCCGGUUCUAGUUGAAUUCGUUGCUACUUGGUGCGGUCCAUGCCGUUUGAUCACUCCAGCUAUGGAAUCCAUAGCUCAGGAAUAUGCAGACAGAUUAACAGUUGUAAAGAUUGAUCAUGAUGCUAACCCGCAGCUAAUUGAAGAGUAUAAAGUUUAUGGACUGCCAACCCUGAUACUCUUCAAGAAUGGAGAGGAAUUCCCAGGAAGCAGGAAGGAAGGUGCAAUAACAAAGGUGAAACUUAAACAGCAUUUGGAUGCUUUAUUGGAAUCAAUAUCAGUUACAUAGUUAUUCGUAUAUAUGAUUCCAAAUUGUGACCAUUUUUGGGAAACUAGUAAUAUGGGAGCAGACCUGUUUCAUUCAGCAUAUCAAAUUGUGCGAGAAAAUCUGUAUAAUGUUGUAUUUAGUAUUGCACUUAAAAACUUGUGCGAGAAAGAGUGCCUUUGAAGUGUAUAAUAUGUACACAUGUGUACAAUUUCAAAUUGAAAUCGGUCUGAUCUGUUUAUGGUGAUGAUGAUCUCA